AUGGAAGCUUCAACUAUAUCCCGGAGCUUCGUAAGGAGUGCGAGCAGCAGAGUACUAACUUCCUCGCGAUUACCAGCCAGUAGUGUUACGUUGCCUGCUGCAGCACAAGUCAAGAAGCACUUCUCUUCGGGACAAAGCCUCUCACUACCACCACCUCUUAGUUUUGGUGGCAGCUCAGCAUCGAGUGGAGGUCCAUCAUCAUAUUUCCAACGAUCCCAGCGGCUACCGACCAAUACGAUUGUCAAGUUUGUGCCACAGCAACAGGCAUGGGUGGUCGAGAGAUUUGGAAAGUUCAGCAGAAUAUUAGACCCAGGUCUGGCGGUCCUGAUACCUGCUGUUGACAGAAUAGCCUAUGUACAAUCACUAAAGGAAACUGCCCUUGAGAUACCUUCGCAAUCUGCCAUCACAGCCGAUAACGUCACCCUCGAACUUGAUGGUAUUCUCUAUACACGAGUCUUCGAUGCCUACCGUGCUUCUUAUGGCGUUGAGGAUGCAGAGUAUGCAAUCUCUCAGCUUGCGCAAACCACAAUGCGUAGCGAGAUCGGUCAGCUAACACUUGACCACGUAUUGAAAGAGAGAGCCAACCUGAACGCAAACAUAACCCAAGCCAUCAACGAAGCAGCGCAGGAUUGGGGCGUUAAAUGCCUAAGAUAUGAGAUCAGAGACAUUCACGCGCCAGAAGAGGUAGUCAAGGCCAUGCACAGACAAGUCACUGCAGAACGUUCGAAACGAGCCGAGAUUCUGGAGUCAGAAGGUCAGAGGCAGAGUGCCAUCAAUAUUGCUGAAGGUCGCAAGCAGAGUGUCAUCCUUGCUUCUGAGGCUUUGAUGACGGAACAAAUCAAUAGCGCAAAUGGUGAGGCGGAAGCUAUUCGCCUAAAGGCCAAUGCGACUGCUGGCGGUAUCGAUGCCGUCGCUGACUCUAUUCGAAGAGAUGGAAAUGCUUCUCAGGCCAUUUCGCUGCGCGUUGCUGAGCAGUACGUAAGUGCCUUUGCCAAUCUCGCCAAGGAGGGCACCGCAGUUGUUGUCCCAGGUAACGUCGGUGAUAUGGGUGGAAUGAUUGCGCAGGCCAUGGCAGUAUACGGCAAGAUAAAUGAAUCACAAAGACAAAAUAGGCAACGCAGCUCUUCCAACAACACUUCCGGAUCGAACUCGAAUCCAAAUGAUAUAGGUCAGAGAAUUGUCGAUGCCACGCUGAAGGGCGAGCAGUCGAAUCCAACAGAGACUAUGCUGGAAGGUUUCGAUAGUACGACCAACAGAUAG